CUGAUUCGACCGGGGACAACGGGUUGGCAAAACGUCCGCUCCAAAAGAGGCGGCGUAGGAAUUAUCCAGCGACGAUUGUGAAAUAAUCCCAGCGACAGCACUAUUAAUAUUUCUAAAUAAAAAAUGUGCUUUGACUUCGUGACCCCAGCUGGGCAACCAGAGUGCUCUCGCCAAUCGCGUCUGGCAAACCCAGCCACGUUUUGUUUAAUGGGGCCUGACUUGCUGAUGACACCCUGAAGGUCAAACCUGUCUCAUAAAUACUUUGCUUGGUUAAAGAAACGCUGCUGGACAUUGGUCUGGAAAAAAAAAACUAACUUUUCCACUGAGGGACAAAUGGUAUAGGUGUUGUAUUUUUUUUUUACUGUUUGCAUAACCGGUAACCUCAUGGGAAAAAUAAUGAUGUAAAAACGGCUUUCCCACAUGCACGCGCAAAAUGUCUACAGCAGAAAAAUAAAACGCGGCAAUGGUUUCUCGCAUUCCGGUGACAAACGACAGGGAACUUGCCGGGGCCCGACGUGGUUUUUUUUUUUCCCGCGCCGGAAUUGCUAUCCCGGAGGUUCGCCGCACGGGCGUGGCAGUCAAAACGACGGCGGUGGGUUUCGGGAUCUUCUUCUUCUUCUUCGUCCCGUCGUACGGCCGCUGAUGUUAGAUUGCAGAGCAACAGCUGCAAUUUCACACAGAGGUGGCCAAGCCCAGGCAGCCGCGUCAGGAGCAGCGGAGCGUACCGUUGCCGAUGUCUCUCCUUCGUGUCUGUGGACCGGCCAUUGCGUCGGCAUACGCUGCUACGGUCUGUUCUGGAUUACCACAGUCGCUCUGGAGAGUUGCAUUUUUCAUUUGUGCAUCAGGUAUCCCGCAUCUGCCGUGCUUUGUGCGGAUGCGGUUUAGGAGUGGACCAUGAGUUUCGUGGAGGAUCAAAUCCAGGGAUCUUCUGGGACGAAUUGGGAAUUUAGGAAAGUCGGGCCUCCGCGUGUCAUGCCUGGGCCUUGGCACGUGGGUGACGUUUGGAGGGCAAAUCACAGACGAGAUGGCGGAGCAGCUGAUGACCAUCGCCUACGAGAACGGCAUCAACCUGUUCGACACGGCGGAGGUGUACGCCGCAGGGCCGAGGUUAUCUUGGGCAACAUCAUUAAGAAGAAAGGCUGGAGGAGGUCCAGCCUCGUCAUCACAACGAAAAUCUACUGGGGAGGAAAAGCCGAGACGGAACGAGGGCUGUCGAGGAAGCACAUCAUCGAAGGGCUGAAAACGUCGCUGCAGAGGCUGCAGCUGGACUACGUGGACGUGGUGUUCGCAAACCGCCCCGACACCAACACGCCCAUGGAAGGAGCCCCAUUCUCAUGCAGGGCUUUCAUCAUCGAAGAGAUUGUCCGGGCGAUGACGUACGUCAUCAACCAGGGUAUGUCCAUGUACUGGGGCACGUCUCGAUGGAGUGCCAUGGAGAUUAUGGAGGCGUACUCGGUGGCACGGCAGUUCAACCUCAUCCCGCCGGUGUGCGAGCAGGCCGAGUACCACCUGUUCCAGCGCGAGAAGGUGGAGGUGCAGCUGCCUGAGCUCUACCACAAGAUCGGCGUCGGAGCCAUGACCUGGUCCCCGCUCGCGUGCGGGAUCAUUACGGGCAAGUACGAGGACGGGAUCCCCAUGUACUCGCGUGCCUCGCUCAAGGGCUACCAGUGGCUGAAGGAGCGCAUCACGAGCGAGGAGGGGCGCCGACAGCAGGCCAAGCUCAAGGAGAUCCUCAUGGUGGCGGAGAGGCUCGGCUGCACGCUGCCUCAGCUCUCCAUCGCCUGGUGCCUGCGUAACGAGGGCGUGAGCUCGGUGCUGCUCGGAGCAUCCAACACGGAGCAGCUCAUUGAGAAUCUGGGCGCCAUCCAGGUGCUUCCGAAGCUGACCGCUCAGGUGGUGACGGAGCUGGACAGCAUCCUGGGAAACAAGCCGUACAACAAGAAGGACUAUCGCUGUUAGGGUCGAGGAGCCGGCGGUCCCCAACCCGGAACCCAUCCUGCCCCCGACCAGCCACCAGCCACACCACCACUACCACUCAACCCUGGUCAUCCCCACGCGCGUGUAGGCUGGCCGUGGGCGGCCCGAUUGCCGCUCACGCGCGCGCCCCUGGGCCCCGGCGGGCGGGCGGGCGGGCGCGCAGACGCGAGAGGGCUCGUGCAUGCGCUCGUGAAUGCGCUCGUGAAGUCGCCUAUACACGCACGAAGAGGCAGAGCGGCUUCCCCUCUAUAGCCAUACGUAACGUUGGGGCGAAGUGCCGUUAACUCACGGGCCACGUACGCCUGGACACAAGUACAAAUCCCGGACGCGCUAUCCGGACACGUGCGCGCGCACUUAUGCACGCGAUCACACACUCGUGCAAGCACUUACAGGUCGACCUGCUUUGAAGCGUACUUCGUUGGACUCAAUUCCUGCUCGUUGCCCUUCUCAAACGCUUACAGUCAAACACCCGUGUGUAUGUGCAAAGGUACACAUACACACGUACCUUUUGUGCAUACCUGCGUGUACUUAUAUUAGUUUGUUUUGGGGGUUUUUAACCAGGUGGCGACUCGGAGAGCAGAAUAGUCUCAAUGGCAAGUGUCCUGAGAGCAUAACACUUAACACACCCACUCUAAAACACACGAGGCAGCAGCAACCACACACACACACACACACUCGUUCUCGCAUACUCACGGCAUCUGGGAUGAAACCGCACCACCCUCGCCACCCAGGGGCUCGUCCCACCGUUCUGCCUGCCCCCCCUCCCCCACACCUCCCUUCGCCCUCGCCUCCCGUGGCCCACGACCUCACCUAUGACCAAAAGACGCCACUCGCUCACGAUGCAGCCCGCUAGAUGACCGCCUCGGGCCUUCCCGGCCAGGCUUGGCACGCGUACGAGCCAGUGAGAUAGCGAGCCAGUGGGCGUCCACCCAGUUUCCCCCCCACCCCCCCCACCGUCGCUGCAUGUGCUGCUGCUGCUGCUGCACGGUACUCCCAUGCCGUCGCCCCGGGAAAGCAUGACAACGGGAGUUGCUGGUCGCUCAUCCUUUUUCCGCGUUGGGUUGUUGUUGCCGUUUUGUUAAAUUCCCUCCGCGUUCUGGCGUCUGGCCGGAGCCGCUGUCGGUGCUGCUGUGCGCGCCGGCGGCCCGGGCAAGCUGGCUUUAAAAUAAAACAUUUGUUACGGACGCUUUCCAUACUCGGCGUCAAUGGAGCCAAUCGGGCGAGGCGGCGGAGGGCGUAAGCCGCUACGUUGCAGCGCCGAGCCAGCGCCUCUUCGAGACGCCCAGUCUCCACACGGGGUGAGGGUGGCGAAGUUGGGAGGGAGGAGAGGCGGGGGGGGGGGGUGCAUCACCACGGGCUCCGAUCAGCGAUGAUCGCGCCAAAUGAAAAAAAAACGUUAAUUGCACUUAACUGAACCACGUGCACCCGUCAUCAAGGGCUGUGUACGUGUUCCGUCCAAAAAGUGGUUGCAAGAGCACGUGUUGUUGGCGAGAUGGAUGACUGACUGUAGAGGGGGGAGGCGCCUCUUUAAAUGGAACGCCGGGGAAGCAAAUUUCCCGCAAACGCCUCGCUCCAGGACAGUUUCUUUGCCGGCCGUCGACUCGCGGAUAAGAAGUUCGGUCCGCACGGUCGUAAUGCAGCUGACGACGGCGCGUCGGCCAAGUCCGGAGGAUCGGUACGCAACUGGGAUUUGAGAAGAGAGAACUUUGGCCCGGACAAAAAACAAAAAAAAGGACUUCCGAUCGAAGGAGAAACGUAAAUUAUUGACGGACGAGUGAAAUGGCAAGCGGGUCGACAGCUGUUCUGUGCAUGCGCUUGACGACCUACGAUAACGAGCUUCUGCUGCUGCUGCUGCUAAGGCAAGGCGGCCACGCGGGGCGUGAUGACCAUUCGUCGGCCAUGUCGCUUAUUGCCCAGCAGCGGUUGGGAACGUACACAGCUCUCCACCGUGACAAAGAGACGCCUCCUGAAAUCCACGUCCUGACACCACGGUUUGUAUCGGUACGCAAUAUAAGGCCACGAUAAACUCUUGGAGGAGGACAAUUUAAAGGCAGUUUGUCUCCGGCUGGCAAUUCAAUGAUAUCGUGGAUUCUUCAACGGCAACUUAUAUAGCAAUGGCUUAGCAUGACGGUGAUCUGUCUGGUACGAUAGCAAAUGCUUCGGUGACUGUUGGGCGGUGUAUGGUAACCGUGACACUUGCUCUAUAUUAGCCCAAGUGCAGGAGGCCACAAUAAACGCGGCUUGCUUUAGCAGGACGCGCGACGUCAUAACACCACCUGUACAUUGGACGUCAUAACAUUUGUACGCGCGAGCGCUGUGCACCAUUUGUCGCGAGAUCUCUCCUGUUUAUCUCUCACCUCAUCCCUUUUUAUCUCUUGGCUGGCGAAAUGGUCCAUGAAACCGGGCCAUAUAAUUCACCUGUCGGUACCAACCUCAGGUGGUGGAACUUUAGUGGUUCCAAUGGCUUUGUGGCCAAUAACAGUGAAUUAUGCGAUAACGAGGUCGUCAAGUAAUUCACUCGUGUUGGCCGUAUAAAUAAAUGGGGACUACUAAAGUUGGGUGGUUACCGAUUUCUGCUCUGGCUUAUGGACUGAGAGCUCUGCGACGCCACUCCUAGACUCUUUCGUGGGCCACGUUUGGUGCGUGGGCCACCAGUUGAAUAAGAACCCGGCCCGAGUGUAUCACGGCCUUAUUUUUGCCGUAUUUAUUGACGAUAUUAAUUUAACAGUGGUCCCCUUUUUGAAUAGGAAUUCUGUUUUUUCACCAGCCUCGCCAGGUUUUCGGUGUGGGAAGAAACUAAAUUCUGCGCCAGUGUACGAAACGCUUGCGCGUCUUUUUUGAAAAUGCAGCCGAAUACAGAAACCUCGACAGAGAGAGAGAGGAGGAAGCCUUCCGUGACUGAACGAAUCAGCCUGCAACCAAUCACCACCAGCCCAGCGAUUCCAUCCAAACUUCAGUCCCGUUUGUCUCAUUUGUAUCAUCUCGCGCGUAUCGAUUUCUGCUUUCCUUUUUCUGUUUUCGUUUGUACAGUUUGGUUUUCUCUGUUUGCCCAAAUGUAACCCUAGCAAAAGAAGUUCGUACAAUUUGCCUAGAUUGUAAAACAUUGUAUCGUCGGCAUAAGAACAUAUUUGAAUUGGUGAGGCUGCAUCAUCACACCGCUGCCGAAGGUCACUGGUGACCUAUCAAUGCAGCCUCUAGGUUCGGAGGUACAACCUCUAAAAUUGCAACCCUGGCUUUUACUUUGCUCCCACCACCAAUAUUAUAUUGUACAAUCUAGAUUUGAAGCUUGCGUGACUGCGGGAAUCCAUCCUCUCUGGUUCUUUCGGUAAAGUCACGUAGGCAGAAAAUAAAUAGCGACGUUUUGGGGCACAACACAAGCGUCCGUCCAUCGUCAGGUGGGAUGACUGAACACGUGCCGCGCCAGAAACGUCGCCAUUUAUUUUGUUUUAUUUUAUACCUACGUGACGUUACCGAAAGAACCAAAGAGUAUUAUAUUGUACAAUUUGACACCCAGGGCCCCCACUGCUCAAUUACGUACCUGUACCUUGGGUUCAUGUAAAUGUUUUUGUACAAAUAUCGUGAAUUGUUGACAGCUUUACGUUUUUUUUUUACAUAUACAAGAGUUGCAACUAACCACUUACGGAGUAAAUCGACUUAAUCUGUCGUCGACAGUGAAUGUCGAGUUAGUUGCCAAGGUUCGUGUGUACAUUUUGGUUGCAUUUUAAUUAACAACGCGUGGUUUAUUUAUUUUGUACUACUUGCAGUGGUGUUGCAGUUCGCACGACCGGGCAGAAUUAUCGGCAGGCGCCCAACGGAGACGGCUGCGACUUGGCCGGAGGAACGCUCAUAAGUUACACCAAAAAUAAACAUUUGCCCUCGGUUGUCCGCUUUAUUGUGGACAUCCUCCGGGGUGUGGUGGGUUUUUUUUUGGCUACCGCUUCCAUCGUUUGGUCUCGCACCACCGGCCAUCAUUUCCUUCAGCGUGUCCUGCCCAAGGCCCACUUUACUCUUCUGACCAGUCAAUUCAUCGUCUGUUCUAACCCGCUUAUGUUUCCUUGACAAACUCAUGCGCGGAUAACUUAACCUUCCCCGGUUGCCCGUCUGCAUCUUGUGUGUGUGUACGUCUUUUUUUUUUACGUGAGUUUGUUUACGACCACUGGUGAAGCAUAGCUGCCUGUGUUUAAGGAUCAACGGAAUCUGACAUCGGAUAAUGAUGGCUGUGGUCUGCGAUUGCAGUGAAACUCCUCCAUUCCGCGCUGCGAUGUGGGAGAGAUGCUCUCAUCGGCGAUACAUUGCGAUGGGAGAAAAAAACCUACUGAAAGCGACGAUAAAUUUUCGCGCAAAAUCGCGAUUUUUUUCUUGCAUUCUUUUUUCCUCCUCACGAGUCUAGGAGUUUCCGUGGACCUGUGGGCGGGAACUCCAUAUUUAAAGAUGCGCGGCUUAGAGUAGCACGGACUUGUGGAGUCUUCGCUGUAUAUGCCUCCAGAAGGGGCGCUGUUGUUCGUGGCAUUGUGCAAAUUUAACGACCCGUUACAGCAAACGACUUUCAAAUAAUUUUAAUUCCUGACAUUGUACAAAGGUUUUUCUUUUAAAUAUCUUUUUUUUACACGCUCCACAAUUUAUCAUACCCCCACUUAAGAGUGGCUCAAGGAAUUUUGUUGACAGAAGGUGGCAGCACUGCACCACAGUGAAUUGAACAUCGCCGAACCUCACUGCGUGGGAUACUUUAGUUUUAUCUUCCUUCGUAUAUGCGUGGGGUUUUUUUUCACGGUUGCUCCCGUUUCCUCCCACAGAUGCCAAACACUUUGAAGGAUUCCGCCUUAACACACCAAAUACACAAGUCCCCUGCUUAAAAAAAAUCGUUGAGACCCGGCGAGGCUUUUGUUUCCUCGCCGGAAACACGGAGUAUGUUUGAUAAUAUUCCUGCCAAGUCACAUUCGUUGACUAGACAUAUUUUUUUUCCCGAGCUUGGCUUGAUGUAGACGCACAACAGGGGCGCAGGGCAUCCACAAAGUUUGGCAAAAUUGGCAUCAAACCCAGGUCGACUGCUGGCAAACGGGGGUUUGAUGCAGAAACCACCGCGGUGAGAACCGCCUUUGAUGAACCUCGGAGAAAACGUUUUCGCCCUCAUCCUGACUCGGCUCCACCCUGUUCCCCACCCCACUCACUAUUGUGAUUUCUCCCACGGCGGAAAGCGGUCAAGAUUUGAAAAGAAAAUGACUUUCCAUCCGGCACAAACCAUUUGAUUCCAAAUGGACUUUUCUUAUCAAGUCGGGUGGGGAGGGGGAAACAGUUUCAAUCAACACGUGAUUCACGCCCUACAGGAGUCGCUAUUUUAAAGUUUUCAUUGCUCUGAAUCGGGGCCAGUGGCUCUAUGUUGGAGGAGUGUAGUACUUAUUUUAUGUAUUUAAUAAGAAGGCUUUCAUCUAUGUGGUGUUAGUUUUCGAUGUUUGAUUCUGCGUUAUUGCCAGUGCAGCCCCAAGAGUUUUGCCGUCAUUGAUUUAAAAGGUUAAACUUUUCCAAACAAAAAAAACACAACGCGUAAAGUCCACGUAGUUUAAUACAUCCACAGUCGCCGGUAUAUGAAUCGUCAAAUGUAAAUAAAAAUCGGUUUGAUUUCACAGGCCUUGAUAAAACACCGACUCUUACACGGGUCACAUGA